UUAUGACGGUGCUGUACAAUGUGUAGCAACCAUACCGGCCUCCCCCUUUGGUUAGAAUGAACCAACUAAAACCUCGAUAAUUUGGGUCCGCUAGAGCGAGCCACCGGCACAGGCACGAGUCUCCUCGCGGAUCCGGCAAGUUUAGUUCUACGAGUUGCGUCGAACAAGUUACGUGCGUUCGCCGUUCAUCUCACCGUUCAUCGACAACAACAACAACAGCAGCAGCAGCCAGCCCCCGUGUCAAUAGGGUUUUCCAUCCCCAAGUUCGAAUACGUCGUGUACCCCCGUAUCUGACGUGCGGAUCCUGUCCAGUGCAAUCGUAAUUAAACGAGUGGUUCGUCGCGAAAAAAACAUAUAUAAACAAAGAGAGCUUUGUUUCAUAUGCAGCGUGGGUUGACGACGCCUAAGAUCGUAGAGUUGCCUAACCGUUGUAUUUUUGCUGUGUGCGAAGCGAGAAGCGGUUUCUGACGCGAUUUUUUUCAAUUUUGUUGUUGUUUUUGGCAAAUUUCGGUUUGUUUUCGAGGGGGAAAAACAAGACAAGAUCAACAAGAUGACAUCGAUAUUCCGCCCCAUCCAAGCCAGCCACGAACUGUUCAGGAUGCGUUCGCCGCUCCCGAGACGACAGGAGAACAGGAACGGCAUCAACAAGGUGCGCCGCACUCUCUUCGAGCCCAUCAACCACGAAGAGACGAAGCGAUUCCUCGAGCAGGAGUUCUCUGACCAGAUGAAGAACGACAUCGCCAAAUGGGAGUUCGACUUCAAGAAGGAGGUGCCCGUCUGUCCGAUCGGUGCGAACGCCGGUCGCUAUAUCUGGAAAGCGGUCGUACCCAACACCGAUAACAUCACCCAUGCUCCGAAGCGCAGAAGGUCCUACGAGGACGACGAGCUCGAUCAGUCCGACCUGUAUCCGCAACCGCUGGCCGAAAAAGAAGUUGUCAUCGAGAACAACAACACCAUCAAAAAACAAAAGAAAAUCACAGAUUUCAUGAGCGUGAAGAAGCGACAGGCAGAGCCGAUGAAAAAGUUGUCUUCAGUGGUGCCACCGAAAAUACCCAGGCAGUCGCACUGUAGUUAGAUAGUUAUCACUUUCCUGAAAAUCCAAUAACCAACCCCCCCAUAUCACCUAUCACCCCCCCCAUUCCCCCACUUUGUUACAAAUAUCGAUC